UGCCCUGUCUCAACGCAGCAUUGCAGAUGCCCUGGCUGUGGGGAGGCGAGUUGUAGGCCACUUCAAGCACUCACCGCUUGCUUGCAGUCGUUUUGAAGACAUACAAAAAGAACUCAAUAUGCCUGUGAAAAAGCUCCAACAAGACGUCCCCACCAGGUGGAAUUCGACCUAUUAUAUGAUGCAGAGCCUGGUGGAGCAGAAGAGGGUUUUAAGUGCGUAUGCUGCUGAUUAUGAACUCCCAACAACACUGACAGCAACUCAGUGGGGAAUUUUGGAGAAGAUGACCACCGUACUGGAACCCUUUGAACAGCUAACCAAGGACAUCAGCUCUGCGGAGGCCACUGCUGCAGAUGUCAUCCCUGGUGUGGUAUCCCUGACACGGCUGCUCGCCAAGAUGGAUGAAUCAGACAAAGGUGUGCAAACAGCCAAACAUGCUCUAUUGGAAGCUGUCAGUAAACGCUUUAAUGGUGUGCAAAGUGAACCUCUUUAUGCAAUUGCAACCAUGGUUGAUGCUCGUUACAAAGACCGUUAUUUUGACCUGGACAACAAGGAAGGAGCACGGAAUAUGCUGCUGAAGAUUGUGGAUGAAAUGGCCAGCGUGGGCAAUGAUCAACAAGAAAAGGCUGCUGGUGCCAGUGCAGAUGACCCAGGCCAGGAAGACCAGGAGCCCCCACCUAAGAGGGCCCGAACUGGGAGCCUGCAGGACAUGUACCAAGAAAUUCUCGCAGAGAAUGAUGUCACCAAACAAGCAACUACAGGCGAAACAGCAUCACAGGUGUAUGCAUACCUGGGAGAACCCACCAUCCUCAAGACAGCGUGCCCUUUGAAGUACUGGAGGUCCACCCACGCCCGCUUCCCUGCGCUUGCCCGAGUUGCACGCAAGUACCUCACUGCACCCUGUACCAGCGUAGACAGCGAACGGCUGUUCAGCGCCAUCUCCAAUGUCAUCGAUGAGAAGAGAAAUCGCAUACAUUGCGACAAUGCUGAGAUGCUUAUUUUCAUUCAGAAAAAUCUACCUCUCCUGGACAAGGGAAAAAAUUAGAC